UCGGUGCGUCUGGCGAGGAGUUCAGUGAGUGACAGAAGGGACAUUAAUAAAAUGUGUUUGCGGUGGAGAAAUGGCACCAUGCCGGACCUAGUGUCUCGUGUAUGUAGCCGUGCGGCUCUCCGAUGAUCAUUUCUGCGUGUUCAGACAGAUGGACGUAUGACAUUCUGACCUCUAGGAAUAAAAAGCGUGUGUGACAUGCAGAGGUUUGUGUGUUCCCGAGUCUUCAGGCAGACGGCUGCCCUGCUGCACAUCAGGCCUGCAUCCUUUAGUCACCCCACACAGAUGCUGGAAACCCCAUCCCGGCGGUGCUGGACAAUCCUGAGCUCCGGCACACGAUGUCUGACCUCCUCUAGUGCCAUCUGCUCUCCAGCCUCACAGAAAAACUCUUCCAGAGAUUAUCCAGUUAAUGUAGCUACAGGGCAGGAUGAUCCAGACCCGCUGCAGGACAAAUCCAUCGGCCUCAUCCAGAAGUACAAAAAGACCUUCAAGCAGUAUGGCAAAGUCAUGAUCCCUGUGCACUUGGUGAUGUCUACAUUAUGGUUCGGUACAUUUUACUAUGCUGCAAUGAAAGGAGUGAAUUUAGUGCCAUUUCUUGAGUAUGUUGGAUUUCCUGACAAGGUUGUUAAACUGCUGGAGAAUUCUCAAAGUGGAUAUGCACUGACAGCAUAUGCCAUGUACAAGAUUGCCACACCUGCGAGAUACACGGUGACUUUAGGAGGAACAUCACUCUCUGUGAAGUACCUGAGGAAGCACGGCUACAUGUCCACUCCUCCACCUGUGAAAGAAUACCUGCAGGAGAAGAUGGAAGAGACUAAAGAUCGGAUAUCUGUGAGAAUGGAGGAAACGAAAGACAAGUUCACUGAAAAACUUCAAGAAACCAAAGACAAAGUGUCUUUCCGUAAAAAAAAGGAAUAGGUUUACAAUGCCUCGUGAAGGGGCUAUUAAUGACUUACGAGAGGUCAGAACGUAAGUGUUGCACUAAAGAUUAUCUGACACCACCCAAUAAUGUUAUGAAGAGUCACAUGAUUUUAUUUAACAAUAUAAUUCACUUUAAAGGGAACUUUUUUUUUUACUCAUGAGAAACAUCAUGAAUUGUGUCUUAAGAAUAAAUAAAUAUGUAAUGUAGGCUCUAAGCUUUACAGUUAUAAAAGGCACAUAAUAGGUUAAGCUAUCGCAAGAUGGUAAAAUCAUGGUUCAUUAAGAUUAUAGUUUCUCCAUGACUGGAUAGAAAAUAUUACAGCACAUCAAAAGCAUAGAAGUCCGCUGAAAGCUGUUGGACUCUACAUUAACUUUUUAUAUAAAGGAUGAGAUGUUUUCCUAAAGUGGACAUGAAGUGUAAUUUGUCCAAUUUUACAAAUGUCCACAUGUGAGGCCUGUUAUAGUGUAGCGGAAAUCUUCAUAGCACUGCUUUGUUCAUUUCUUACAAUGGCCAUUUAAAUUAUAUUUCAACUAACAAACAGCACUUGGACUAGUCACAUAGAUGUGUUACUGAAGAUAAAAUUCUGAUUAUUAGUUGGGUAUUAUGCAAAACUGUACUGAACUGAAAAACACAGAAAGAGAGAAACUUUAUUUCACAAAUAGUCUUGUGUCAUUCUGCAAAUCAAACAAAAUCCAAGAACUUACAGCCUUUUUGCAUCCUUUUUGGAAUUCACCAAAAGUUAAUGUCAGAUAUUUAACUUAUAUGAUGUAUCUUAUGUCUUUUGAUCUUUUGUAUUGUUGUUGGGGGCUCCUAACCACAUCCUCCACAGUUUUAGCAAUAAAUGUGUGAAGUUCAUAUGCGUUAUUAAUAAAAUUGUAUAUCCUUUCUUAUUUGCUAAAAAGAUAACUUUCCUGACCCAUGACUUAUAAAACAAUACAUCAGUAAUGUGUAAAAAAAAAAAAAAAUAUAUAUAUAUAUAUAUAUCUUAUUUAUGUAUACAUUUUGGAUGGUUUAUACAUUUUUAUUCCCCUUCCCUGUACUUGUCUUUCUGAUUGUAUUCAUACAUUGUUUGAUCUUAUUGAACAUUUAUAUAGACUCCACAGUUGUACCACAAUUUGUGGACUUUUCAGACGGUCCCUUGCCUUGGGAUAAUUUUUAAGCUUAUAUCAAUGUUAAAUUGCUGAUUUGGAACUAUUCCACUCUUUCCUAGCGUUUGUCCCACGUAGGUGCAGGGUCCGCUUCAUGAUAGUCCGCAUAUAUAUUUGAUUUGGCACAAGAUUUACACCGGAUGCCCUUCCUGCCGCAACCCCCAGUGGCUGGGGGACUCUCACUCACACACAUACGAGGCAAUUUAGAGUCUCCCAAUUCACUUAACCUGAAUGCUUUUUGGACUUGUGGGGGAAACCCGGAGCACCCCACGCAUACACGGGGAGAACAUGCAAACCCGACACAGAAAGGCCCUAGUUGAGCCGGGACUCGAACCCAGGACCUUAUUGCUGCAAGGCGACAGAGCUAACCACUGAGCCACUGUCAAUGUAGAGACGGUGUAGAGAAUGGUGCGAAAAACAUGAGUGGCAGUUCUGUGGCUGAAAAAUGCUUGUUGAGGUCAGAGGAGAAUGGCCAGACUGUUCCAAGGUGACAGUAACCCAAAUAACCACAUGUUGCAAAAGUCCUAUGCAGCAAAGCAUUUCUGAACAUACAACACGUUGAACAUUGAGGUGGAUGGGCUACAGGAGCAGAAGACCCCUCUGGGUACCACUACUGUCAGCUAAGAACAGAAAACUUUGGCUGCAGUGGGCACAGGCUCACCAAAACUGGACCGUAGACGAUUGCAAAAUCUGCAUCUGCAUCGCCUGAUCUGACAAAUCUGGAUUUCUGCUGAGGUACACAAAUGGUAGGCCCACUGCAGCCUCAGUUUUCUGUUGGCUGACAGAAGUGGAACCCAACGUGGUCUUCUGCUGUUGUUGCCCAUCCACCUCAAGAUUCAACAUGUUAUGCAUUCUGAGAUGAUAUUCUUCUCACCAUAAUUGUACAGAGUGGUUAUCUGAGUUACUGUAAACUUUGUCAGUUCAAACCAGUCUGGACAUUCUCUGUUGACCUCUCUCAUCAACAAGACAUUUCCAUCCACAGAACUGCUGCUCACUGGAGUUUUUUUUUGCACCAUUCUCUAUACAAUUUAGGGACUGUUGUGUGUGAAAAUCCCAGAAGAUCAGCAGUUACAGAAAUACUCAAACCAGCCCAUCUGGCACCAACAAUCAUGCCACGCUCAAAAUCACUGAGAUCACAUUUUUCCCCAUUCUGAUAGUUGAUGUGAACUUUAACAGAAGCUCCUGACCCGUAUCUGCAUGAUUUUAUACAUUACUGUAUAUUGCCACAUGAUUGGCUGAUUAAAUCAUCACAUAAAGUAGAUGUACAGGUGUACCUAAUAAAAGUGGCCGGUGAGUGUAUAUGACGUUCAGUAUACACAUGUAAACGAGCAGAAAUGUUUAUUUUGCUCUUUUUUUUUUUUUUGUUUGU